ACCACCUGCUUCGGUUUGGGCACUCGGGCAAUAUCAUAGUUCACAUACAAAUCAAGUGACUUGCGUGGUGCUCCUUUUAUCAAUGUUUAUGUGUUCAAAUCAAUAAAUCAAUUCGUUUCACAGAUAUAAAUUUGACCGGAGUGCACUUCAGCGUAGCAAACUCGUCACUUAAUUGACAUAUUGAUAUCCCAUAUGUUCUACAAAUAACGCCAGUUGACCCAAAGCAAUUGAGUUCUAGUCGAGAUUUCAUCAAAUACCAACCCACAAGGGCUGACGAGACUUCCAAGAUAAGUGCACGCUCAACUAGGGCACUUCCAAUAGCUUUACUGAUACUUUCCCUUUUUUUAACCAUUUAUAGAUGUCACAAAUGUUGACAAUCGAUAUAAAGCCAACCAAAUCGUUUCCUGACCAGAAACCAGGUACAAGUGGUUUACGUAAACCAACAAAAACAUUUAUGCAACAUGGGUACACUGAGAACUUCAUACAAUCUAUUUUAAAUGCAGCUGUUGGUGAAUUGUUGAACAAAUCUCAACCAGUUCGACUUCUUUUAGGCGGAGACGGUCGGUAUUUUGUACGAGAAUCAUUACAAAGUAUCAUUAUCCCAAUAUGUUUAGCUAAUGGGGUAUCUGAAUUGUUUGUUGGUCAAAAUGGAAUCCUGUCAACUCCAGCUGCAUCAUUCAUAAUUCGUAAGCAUCAAUUGAAUGGUGGUAUUCUUCUAACAGCUAGUCAUAAUCCUGGUGGACUAAAUGCAGACUUUGGUAUUAAGUACAAUUGUGGGAAUGGUGGACCAGCACCGGAGAAAUUAACAGAUGCUAUUUUUGCACAAAGUGAAAAGUUGACUUCUUAUAAAACUGUUAAAGAACCAUUAAAUAUUCAGUUGGACUGUAUUGGUUCUACGAAAUAUACUUUAUCCAAUGGCCAAACUCCCAUAGUAACGAUCAUAAGCAGUGUUUCUGAUUAUGCCGAUUACAUGCGCACAUUGUUCGAUUUUGAUGCUAUUAAAACACUAUUGACUGGUUCACAUCAGCGUGAACCAUUUAAAUUGCUUGUCAGUGGUCUUAACGGAGUCAUGGGGCCUUACAUUCAUGAGAUAUUAUGCAAUCAACUUGGAUUAAAUUCAGAGUUAGCUAUUAAAUCUCAACCAUUAGAAGAUUUUGGCGGUGGUCAUCCUGAUCCAAAUUUGACUUAUGCGGCAGAUCUUGUCCAAAUGGUAGUGGCUGACUCAUCAAUUGCAAUGGCAGCCGCUUUUGAUGGUGAUGGUGAUCGAAAUAUGUUGAUUGGUCGACACGGUUUUUUUGUAUCACCGUGUGAUUCGUUAGCUGUGAUUGCAGAUAAUACAGAUUGUAUUAAAUAUUUUCAAGAGAAUGGUGUUCAUGGAUUUGCACGAAGUAUGCCUACCAGUAGAGCACUUAAUCUUGUAUGUAAAAGUCGAUCAAUGCAGUGUUACGAAGUUCCAACAGGAUGGAAAUUUUUCGGUAAUUUAAUGGAUGCUAAAUUAUGCUCUUUAUGCGGUGAAGAAAGUUUUGGCACUGGUUCUGAUCAUAUACGUGAAAAAGAUGGUUUAUGGGCAUUACUUGCAUGGUUGUCUAUUUUGGCUAAACGUAGUCAAAUUGGUUUGUCAGUAGAUGUCGAGUCAAUUGUAAUGGAACAUUGGAAGAAAUACGGAAGAUAUUUUUUCACUAGAUACGAUUAUGAAAAUUGUGAAUCAAGUCAAGGUGAUGAAAUUAUGAAUGAAUUAAAGAAAUUAAUUGACAAUAAUAGAAUAUCAGGUCAUGUGUACACCACUGUCAGUGGACGACAGUUCGUUUGUGAUUUUUGUGAUAAUUUUUCAUAUGUGGAUCCAGUUGAUGGAAGUCACACUGCAAACCAAGGUUUUCGCUUAAUUUUUAAUGAUGGAACACGAUUUGUGUAUCGUUUAAGUGGUACAGGCAGUAGUGGUGCAACACUUCGAGUGUAUGUUGACACUUAUGAAUCAGAUCCGGCUAAACAUACAAUUGCUUCACAGGAAUAUCUGAAACCGCAUAUUGAAUUAGCAUUGGAAUUAUGCGGUGUAACUAAAAUCACUGGUCGAGUAGCUCCAAAUGUCAUCACAUAA